CGCUGGCUCCGCGCGGCCGGCCCCGAGCGCGUCCCUUAUCGCAGACGGGCACCGGGGGCUGGGACCGCAUCAUUACCAUGGGCACUGUUUGCUUUGCGCGGCGCUGCUGUUUGCUCUUCGCCCUCGCCUGGGCCGGCAGGUUGGCGGCGGGCAGCGGGAGCGCAGAUGUUGAUGAGUGCACAGAAGGUACAGACGACUGCCACAUCGAUGCCAUUUGCCAAAAUACGCCGAAAUCCUACAAAUGCAUCUGCAAGCCAGGCUAUAAGGGCGAAGGGAAACAGUGCGAAGAUAUUGAUGAAUGUGAAAAUGACUUCUACAAUGGGGGUUGUGUCCAUGAGUGCAUCAACAUUCCUGGCAACUACAGAUGUACGUGCUAUGAUGGGUUCAUGUUGGCCCAUGAUGGCCACAACUGUCUUGACGUUGAUGAGUGUCAGGAUAACAAUGGAGGGUGCCAGCAGAUUUGUGUAAAUACUAUGGGCAGCUAUGAAUGUCAGUGCAAAGAAGGCUUUUUUCUGAGUGAUAACCAGCACACCUGCAUUCAUCGCUCCAUUGAGGGUAUGAACUGUAUGAACAAAGAUCAUGGGUGUGCACACAUCUGUCGGGAGACGCCCAAAGGUGGGGUUGCCUGUGAAUGUAGGCCUGGCUUUGAACUUGCCAAAAACCAGAAGGACUGCAAAUUAACCUGUAACUAUGGGAAUGGAGGCUGCCAGCACACCUGUGAUGACACUGAUACUGGUCCUGUGUGUGGUUGUCAUCAGAAGUAUGCCCUGCAUUCAGAUGGACGAACCUGCAUUGAGAAGGAUGAGGCUGCAAUUGAGAGUUCUGAGUACAAUGCCACGUCAGUAGCUGAUGUGGACAAGCGGGUGAAACGGCGGCUACUUAUGGAAACAUGUGCUGUCAAUAAUGGAGGCUGUGAUCGGACUUGCAAGGAUACCGCGACAGGGGUACGAUGCAGUUGCCCAGUUGGAUUUACCCUGCAGCCUGAUGGGAAAACGUGCAAAGAUAUUGAUGAGUGCUUGGUAAACAAUGGUGGCUGUGACCAUUUCUGCCGAAACACAGUUGGCAGCUUUGAAUGCAGCUGCCAGAAGGGCUAUAAACUACUCACAGAUGAACGGACCUGUCAAGAUAUAGACGAGUGUUCAUUUGAAAGGACCUGUGAUCACACCUGCAUCAACUACCCUGGAAGCUUCGAAUGUCUCUGCCAUAAAGGCUACACUUUGUAUGGGCUGACACACUGUGGAGAUAUUGAUGAAUGCAGCAUCAGCAAUGGCAGCUGUGACUAUGGGUGUCUGAAUACAAUGGGAAGCUAUGAGUGUGUCUGUCCACCUGGAAAGAAACUGCACUGGAAUAAAAAGGACUGCGUUGAGAUGGUGAAAUGUCUCCCAAAUGCCAAACCAGCUCCCAAGGCUCAACUAGUAUGUAGUAAGACAGGAGGAAUAGAGAGCUGCUUCCUAUCAUGCCCCUCCAAUACCCUUUUUGUUCCAGAUUCAGAGAACAGCUACACACUGAGCUGUGGUGUUCCUGUCCAGCAAGGCAAGGCUCAGCAGAAGCGCAAUGCCACCCUUCCCAGCUGUGCAGAUUCCUUAGCCCCUCCAAUCAAGCAGAAAGCUCGCUUUAAAAUUAAAGAUGCAAAGUGCCACUUACGACCUCGCAGCAAAGAAAAAACAAAAGAUGCUGGGAAGCAAGCUGUCUUAGGAGGUCAAUUCCCUUGUACAGACAACUGCCACGUGACUUUUGUGAAUCUCAAGUGUGAUUCCUCCAAGAAAAAGCGCCGGGGCCGCAAGUCACCGUCAAAAGAAGUGUCCCAUAUCACCGCAGAGUUUGAAGUGGAGAUGAAGUCAGAAGAAGUCUCAGACACCUGUAACAUUGACUGUGUUCGGAAAAGGAUGGAGCAGAAGCUGCAAACUGCAAUCAAAACAUUGAGGAAAUCUAUUAAUAAACAGCAAUUUUACAUUCAGUUUUCUGGGACAGAAUAUGAAGUGGCUCAGAAGCCAGCUAAAGCUACUGAAGGGCAUGAAGCUUGCAGUACGGGGCAAGUGCUGCAGGAUGGAAAAUGCGUUACCUGCAGCACGGGCACCUUUUAUAGCGGAGAACAUAAUCAGUGCAUUCCUUGCUCACCAGGAACAUACCAAGACACAGAAGGUCAACUUACCUGUGAGCCUUGCCCAAGUAAUGAUGGACAGGGAGUAGCAGGCGCCCGGAAUGUUUCAGAAUGUGGAGGGCAGUGUUCUCCUGGACACUAUUCAUCAGAUGGUUUUAAACCUUGUCGAGUCUGUCCUCUUGGUACAUAUCAGCCUGAACCAGGAAGAACCCUCUGCUUUCCAUGUGGUGGAGGGCUUGUGACCAAGUACGAAGGUGCUGUUUCUUUUCAAGACUGUGAAACCAAAGUUCAUUGCUCUCCUGGACACUACUACAACUCCACAACGCACAGAUGUAUCCGAUGCCCUGUAGGAACUUACCAACCUGAGUUUGGUCAAAACUACUGCAUCACCUGCCCUGGGAACACAAGCACAGAUUUUGAUGGCUCCACUAAUGUUACACACUGUAAAAACCAGCACUGUGGAGGAGAACUUGGUGAUUAUACUGGCUAUAUUGAAUCACCUAACUAUCCUGGAGACUACCCAGCUAACGUUGAAUGCAUUUGGAAUAUAAAUCCGCCCCCAAAGAGGAGAAUACUCAUUGUUGUGCCUGAGAUAUUUCUCCCAAUAGAAGAUGAAUGUGGUGAUGUUUUAGUAAUGAGAAAAAGUGCUUCUCCUACUUCAAUUACUACAUACGAAACGUGUCAGACUUAUGAGAGACCUAUUGCAUUUACUUCAAGAUCAAGGAAGCUAUGGAUUCAGUUCAAGUCAAAUGAAGGCAACAGUGGGAAAGGAUUUCAAGUCCCUUAUGUGACGUAUGAUGAGGAUUACCAACAACUAAUAGAAGAUAUUGUUCGGGAUGGACGAUUAUAUGCAUCAGAAAAUCAUCAAGAAAUUCUAAAGGACAAGAAACUGAUUAAAGCUCUCUUUGACGUACUGGCACAUCCACAAAACUAUUUCAAGUACACAGCACAAGAGUCGAAAGAGAUGUUUCCAAGAUCAUUUAUAAAACUAUUGCGAUCAAAAGUUUCCAGAUUUCUACGACCGUAUAAAUAGUGGUAUUCAGUUUGAGGUUAUUUUGCAUUCCUGUUGAAUACUGUCUUUCCUCCGUAGUAGAAACAUCUGGUAAUUUAAAGGCUCUUUUCUGCAGUCUUUAUUUUCAGUUGUAUAUUGAAGAAUACCUAUAAUGUUUUAUAAUCAUUAACCACCAAUGUUCUGAGUGAGAUUUUUACUACAGAAAAAGUAUUGUGGAUCCUGGAGUGUGUCUAUUUGAAGAUCCAAACUUGUGUCUGCACUUGUGUAUCUUCACUUUCCAUUUGAAACUACGUUACGUAAAAAUAUUCUUUCCGCUUUUUUUAUUUUCCAUCAAAAAUAAUUUUCUGCAAAGCAAAGAAGGCAUCUAUUCAAAUCUGAUGAAACUACCUACCAGUAGGUUCUGUUGUAGUAAGAGGUAUGUAGUAUGAAUAAGAUUUGGAUUUUGAAUUGCACUUGAAGUUUAGAAGAAAACAAAACAAUUUAAAUUUUGUUACUUCUCAUUUGUGGCUUAGUGGAACCUCUGACCAAGUAGAAAUCAAAAGGGAAGAAAAAGGAGGAAAAAAAAACCAACAAGAAUCAGAUGUAUAAUUUUGUUUUAUGAAUUCUGUACAAUUGAGUCCCCUGUGCUUAUGUUUUCAUCUCUCCUCUUCUAAACUUCUUCAGAGGCUUGCCACUAUACGUUACUGCAUUGAAAUGGAUCGAGCUAUGGAAUUCUAUCCAUCAGUUGGUCCCUUUGGAGGCAGUUACAAUAGAACAGAUGAGAAAGGAACAACACCAACAAAACUGGUAGUCUGUUUUUCUUUCCAUUAAUAGAGCAUCUAAAUGAGUACAAUAUAUAAAUAUAUAAAUAUAUACUUCUAUUUGUGGGUACAUUAGUAAUGUUAUCUUUAGUUACUGUAAAUAUUAUUCAUGCUUAAAUCUUUACUCCCCCACACACUAUUUACUUGUAUCUAUUUGUAACUUUGCUUAGAUGAUCCAAUGACUUCUCCAAGUGCUUGUCACUUCUAUUAACACAAACCCUUCUGCAGUUUUAUAACACAGGAUAAUGGUUUACUUUUGGGCAUCCUCUUUUAAUACAUUAUUGCAAGAAUAACAGCAUCAGUUUAGAUGUGACUGCUGUCCAGGAAGGGGGCAGUUACUGUCUCUUCCUUGGGCGACCCACACAGCAGACAAACAAUUACACCUGAGGACAGCACACUUGUGAGGAGCUCACCAAGGAGGAUCUUUUUUUUUUAGAUCUGCCAUCUCUAAAAUGCUGGGGACAAACCUCUGCCACAGGCCUAAACUGCAAAAGAAAGGUGCAGGAACACAGUUUUGCAGCCCAGUUUGAUGGGUUGGAGGACGGGUCCUGCAAUCAGAGGCUUGGAGUCACUGUGCCCAUCAACUUCUGGGACUAUGCAGUCUGUAAGAGAGCAUUAACCUUGUAGUCAGGUCCUCCUCACAGUGUGAUGAGUACCUGGGUUCUAAGAUGACGAUAAAUCCCAUGUUUCCUCCUGUUUUCUGGCACAAGGGCUAAUUUCACACGAUUGCAGAAUUCAGUGACAGAGUAGCUAUUUUUAUUGGCAUUUCAGCUUCUUUUAUUUUUAAGUCUCUUCCUCUUUUGUAUCAUUUCCCUUCUGAUCCCACAAGAUUAUGAUGUGCAUAAAUUAACUGUCAUGCCAGCAUCCUUUCAGAAAGACACGUGUAACUGCUUUGGUUUUUUUGGUUUUUUUUGCACAUCUAUCUUGUAGUUUAAAAUACCCUUGGAUGCUCUCAAAGAAAGCAUUAAGGGUAGAUAAGGCUAACUUCUUGUACUUCUUACACUUUUUUUGUCUUUGAGCAAGUGCUGUUUAAAUUUACAAAGUUGUUUUCUGUUGGCUUUGAGUGGUUGGCUAUUUCAUUUCUAAGAGACACAUUAAAUAUUCAGUUGUGUUUUUCUGCUUGGCCAUCUUGUAUUUUUACUUGCCUUCUUUCCUUCUCUGUUGAAGACCAUAAUUUUUUUCUUUCUGUGCCUGGACAGUUUCAGCUUAGUCUAAUUCCUUUUUUGUCAUGCAUGGAUUGUAGGUCUUUGAAUAACAUUCUCUUUAAUCUCUAUAUAUUUAUAUAUUAACCUUUGUUUUCAAAUGUAAUAGCUCCAUGAAAGUCAGAAAUGUCCUCUUUUAAAGGUUGUUUUUUGGGUUGUUUUUUUUUUUUGUUGGUGGUGGUGGUGGUUUUUGUUUUGUUUUGUUUUGUUUUUGUGAGGAUGUUGCAAUUACUUUCCUUAAAUAUUCGUGAUGGAUUAUUAAAGGUGGAUAUUUGAAGGCGACCAUGUCAGUACCAGAUUCAGUACAUGCCCAAAAUGAAAGAAGUUAUGUGCAUGUUUUUCCCUUAACAGAAGGAAUUUGUAGAAAAAAAUGUAAAUCCUAAAAAUAACAAAAAUCUUUUUAGAUAAUCAUGUAUAAGGCCAUAGCGAAGAAACUAUUUCAACCAAACAGUACCUCAUAGUCUGAUAGGUCUAUCCAGAAUGAUUAGAACUAGUCAGAAUUUAAGAUGUGCUGCUGAAAGAUAGUUGGGAAUUGUUCAGAAUUCUAAACAAAGAUGACUGAAUUUAUGAAGAAAGGUAACUUGUUCAUUUGUUGAACAGUGAAGAAUGAUCUGUAGUAUUGUUGGCUUCAGUAAGUGAGCUUUGGAAACCUGAUGCUGUGCAGUGAGUUUUGUAAAAUCCCUGCUAAACUUCUGCUUAGCAACUCAUGAUUGUGGGCAUAACGCCACAGUUGUCAUGCAGGCCAAGCUUCCUCUUUAGAAAAGAGCUGAAGGUAAUUGCCUUAAAGGUCCAUAGACUACUGGUAGCACCAUAACGUCUUCCAUGAGGAAUCCAGUGCCACACAGAGACCAUGGCACCAACUUGUCUUGGUCAUGGCCACUGUUAGUGGGACCUUGGUGCAGCUGUGAGCAGUGAAUACGUAAAGGACUGUCUUCAGUUUGCUCUGGUACAGCUCUGGCUGACUUUCAACCACAUUAGACAAAUGUUGUGUUUCAUCUGGUUCAGGCAGCCUCAGAGGUGCACGUGAGCUCAUGCUCCCUAGAGCCACGGCUGGGCAGGGAUUCCGCAGUCAGGACAGGGCUCUCAGUGACUUCUGGAGCAAAUACAGACUUUGCGUUGCUGUGAAAGAAAGAACAAUUUGGCCUUCAAAAAUAUACAGUUUCAUAUGUGAUAUAUUUAGAAAAUGAGCCAAGUUUGAAUGCUUGCAGCUCUGCAUAGAAAAACCAUCAGAUGUGCAAAUUUCUCAUGAAAAAAAGUAGCGACAAGUGGUAUAUAGGAGUGUCUGAACCCAUUUCAGCUGAUGUUUAUGACAGCAUAUAUUUUUUGCAUGAGCUCUAAAAGAAAGAAAUGUUUUGACAGAUCUCAUUUAAAAAUAUCUUACUACUUUCAAAAGGGCACAAGGGUUUUUCAUACUUGACAGUUAAAGAAACUGGUAUUCACCAAACAGAAGGUGAGCUGAGCUCUUCUUUUGUUUAUAUCAUGUAGAAUGUUUUCACUCUACAGAGCGAAAGCCAGAGAGCCUAUUGUUACUAUGCAAUAACAAGGAAUGACUUAGACAAAGUUGGGAAUCAAAAAACAUACCGGGAGGAAUAUUGCCUGCUUUAAGACAAAGAGCUUCAUGAAAUGAAUUGGUCCAUGGCAGAAUAGCAAAUUUUGGCUUUUAGCCUAAAUGUGAAAUAUUGCAUUUAAACACAUUCAAUAAAUACAGACCCGUAUCACAAAUGCCAUGCUGCGUACAGGCCAUGUGCAACAACAUGUUUGUGUCACUGCAGGAAGGCUGAAGAAGUACCCAUUUGCAAUUACACAAUUCCACAUCACAAACAAACCAAGCUUCUCAUUUUCAAUUUGCAAACGCCUAUAUACUUAAAAGCUGCACCUGUAGCACUUAACAUUUCAAGCCUCUCUUCCUGCUUUAAAUACUGCACUUAUUUUUAGUGAGGUGAUGAUGAAUCUUACCUAGGUAUUCUCAUCAAAUAACAGCCUGCACACCUGCUGUAAUCCAGGAGAUUGCAACAAUCAGAAAUUGCUAAUCAAGCCCUAAGUCAUGCCUUGAAAGUGCUUGUUAGUGAUUGCUGUGGGCUGGGUGUUCCCGUGUGUCAUUUGAGUACAGGAAGCACCAAGAUUUUCUGCUCAGUAGAAGAUUGCCACUUGUAUCUUGCCUGCGAUAGCAAGAUUUAUUCUGCCUCAAGAUUUAGGUCACCGAAACUAGACCGAAAAAAGACUUCAGUAACUUUCAGCCCAUUUUUCUGCCAACUUUCCUUCCUCGUUAUUUAGUAGAAUUUUACCUAAUGACCAACUUUUCAUAAGAAAUUUAUUUUCUCAUGCUUCCUCCGCACAGUAAAAUUAAACCACAGUGUUGGGUGUACUGAAAAUUUAGACUGAUCCUUCCUACACAUCAGUUUUGCAUUUGUUUUAAGUAGGCUUAUCUUAGUAAGCUUAUUUUAAUUUACUUUAGAUUAGUUUUAGACUAGCUUAAAUAAAGUCAUGUUUGGCUGCAGAGUUUUCAAAGGCUGCAUUUUGAUUUGCCAGAUGGUUUUGAAAGAGCAGAGCUCAGCUGUAGUCCACCAUCUAUACAUAGAAAGAACAGAUGCCACAUGAACAAGAAACAUGCUUCCAUGCACUAAACACUGAAAUAAGAAAGUUGCGCCCCCCCCCCCCCC